CACUCCUUCUAUUUUUCUCUUCUCAAACACCAUCAACGUUCAAGAGAGAAAAAAAACACAGAGGAAGAAACAAAAAAAAUGUCACAAGAGUUUCACCUUCUUCACUUCCAUUAUCUUCUUCAGCCACCAUUUCUGAGCUUCCAAACUGCACUAUGCCUAUUCAUCACCAUCCUCGCCUUCCUCUACUGGCUUGCUCCUGGUGGGCUGGCUUGGGCCCUCAGCAAGUCCUCAGCCCGAACACUCAUCCCAGGCCCAUCCGGGCUUCUCAGCCUUUUCUCUGGCCCAACUCCGCACCGAGUCCUGGCUAAGCUCGCCAGGAGCUACCGUGCGGAGUCGCUGAUGGCGUUCUCUGUUGGUCUAACCCGGUUCGUUAUUUCCAGCGAACCGGAAACCGCUAAGGAGAUUCUGGGAAGUACCGGUUUUGCUGAUAGGCCGGUGAAGGAGUCUGCUUAUGAGCUUCUGUUUCACAGAGCAAUGGGGUUUGCUCCUUACGGCGAGUACUGGAGGAAUCUCCGGAGAAUCUCCGCUACUCACUUGUUCUGCCCCAGGAGGUUGUCAAGCUUUGGAAGCUUCAGGAGUGAGGUGGGGUUGAAGAUGGUGGAGCGGUUAGCUGGUUUGAUGGCGGAAACUGGUCGAGUUGAGGUGAAAAACGUGCUCCACUUCGGGUCGUUGAACAAUGUGAUGAUGACGGUGUUUGGGAAGCGGUAUGAAUUUUUCGAUGGUGAAGGUGUUGAGCUUGAGGAAAUGGUGAGUGAAGGGUAUGAGUUGUUGGGGGUGUUUAACUGGAGUGACCAUUUUCCUGUUCUCGUGUGGUUGGACUUGCAGGGAGUGAGGAGAAGGUGCAGGGUUUUGGUUUCGAAGGUGAAUGCGUUUGUUGGGAAAAUCAUUGAAGAGCAUAGAGUGAAAAGAGUGUCUGGUGAAUAUGAGAAGGGAAGUGGAGUUGGUGAUUUUGUUGAUGUGUUGCUUGAUUUGGAGAAUAAGGACAAGCUCAGUGAUUCUGAUAUGGUUGCAGUUCUCUGGGAAAUGAUUUUCAGAGGAACUGACACUGUUGCUAUUACACUGGAAUGGAUUUUGGCUAGAAUGGUUCUUCACCCUGAGAUACAAGCAAAGGCACAAGAAGAGAUUGAAGCUGUUGUUGGGAAUUCAAGGCUUGUUUCUGAUGAUGACAUUCCUAACCUUCGCUAUUUGCAGUGCAUUGUGAAGGAGGCACUGAGGGUGCACCCACCAGGGCCACUGCUAUCAUGGGCUCGCCUAGCGGUGCACGAUGUCCACGUCGGUGAUAAGCUUGUUCCCGCCGGCACCACCGCCAUGGUUAACAUGUGGGCCAUCACACAUGAUGAGAAGGUGUGGGCGGAGCCAGAGGAGUUCAAGCCAGAGAGAUUCAUGGAGGAGGAUGUGAGCAUCAUGGGGUCGGAUUUGAGGCUUGCUCCCUUUGGUGCUGGGAGAAGAGUGUGUCCUGGGAAGGCCAUGGGUUUGGCUUCUAUUCAUCUCUGGCUUGCUCAGUUGCUUCAGAGCUUCAAAUGGGUUCCAUGUGAUGAUUCCCCUGUUGAUUUGACUGAGUACUUGAAACUCUCUAUGGAGAUGAAGACACCAUUGGUGUGCAGGGUUAUCCCUAGGGUUGAUGCUUAAUUAGGCUUUUGGUUGAUUUGCUAAUUAAGUUAAGUAGGGUACUCUAGAUAUAUUAUAUUAUAUAUUAGGCUGUAAUCUUCUUAAUCUAAUUGUGAACUCACCUUUAAGUGUGUGGACCUUUUGUAUGUUUUUGGGGUUGUUAAGCUUUGUAGGGUAGUUGACAAUCCAGAAAAGGGUGGUGGAAGUUUUAAUUGUAUGAGUUUGUUCCUAAUGAAAUUGAAGGUUAGGUCAUGUAGUAUUUGUGUUU